GAGACGCUCCAGAGAGACAGACGCUCUAGCCAGACUUGGACAUAAAGCGCGCGGAUCCACGCGGACGGCACACACAGUCUCCAGCAGCACGACGUGGGGGGAAACUAGCCAGCAAUGCAGUCGCUGUACCGGCACCUGCUCAGCCUGCUGUUAGUCAGCAGCCUGCAGCUUCACCAGCUCACCGAAGGCUGCUCGUGCGCCCUCACGCACCCUCAAGACGCCUACUGCAACUCUGACAUAGUUAUUCGCGCCAAAGUUGUGGGCAAGAAGCUCCUGAGAGAUGGACCCUUUGGAACGAUGCGCUACGCCGUCAAGCAAAUGAAGAUGUACAAAGGCUUCGAAAAAGUGCAGCACGUGCAGCAUAUUUACACGGACGCCUCGGAAAGCUUGUGCGGAGUCAAGUUCGACAUCAACAAGUAUCAGUACCUGAUUACAGGGCGGGUGUAUGACGGCAAGGUGUACACGGGACUGUGCAACUUCAACGAGCGGUGGGAGCGCCUCUCAUUGGCUCAGAAGAAAGGCAUCAACCACCGCUACCAGUUGGGCUGCAACUGCAGGAUUAAACCCUGCCACUACCUGCCAUGCUUCGUGACCUCCAAGACCGAGUGCCUAUGGACGGACAUGUUGUCCCACUUCGGCUACCCGGGCUACCAGUCGCGACACUACGCCUGCAUCCAGCAAAAGGAGGGCUACUGCAGCUGGUACCGCGGCAUGAACGCCCGCGAAAAAACGGUCGUCAACACAACUGACCCCUGAACCCGACAGAGUAUUGCCAUUGCCUCCCCUUUGAUGCCAUUUCGCCCCUUGUAUAGUAUUACGGGACUUCUAAAACCCAGUCAAAAAGACAGCCGAUCCAUGACAGUGCCUCUUUUGUAGCACUUGUGAUUGACCUUUUGGUCGCUGCUGUACAGACCGGAACUCAAUAAUUAAUAAAUCCAAUAAUCGACAGAGGUUCAAUGGUCUUGAAACGGCUACUUUAAAUAAGAAUGUAUGACCACGAUCUAAACCGGACGACAUGAUUAAAAUCCUUCGAUUACAGCCGAUUGGUGCAAAAAGGCAGUUUACAAAUUGUCCGUAUGAUGCUAAUCGCACUGUACAGAUCUGAAAAUGUUGUCCAGAGAUGGAAUUUUAUUUUUGAUUGUACAUAAGCUAGAGAAAUGAAAUAUCAACUAAGCUGAAACCUCUGUAAAACAUUUAUUUAUCUGGAUCAGAUGGUAGAUUUGCUGUGGAUGUGUACAUAUCUAUAAAUAUAUAUGAAAAUGAAACAAAAAUAAGCAACUGUCAAGUUGAAUAUUGUGUUGUUCUUUAUAAAAGAGUGGUCAUUAUUUCCUCGCCAAUCAGUAAUAAGCAGAGGUUUCGCAUAUUUUUCAUGUCUAUUUACAUCGUUUCAUAUUCAAAAUGGACGCAUACACUAUAUCAAUGUAAACAAUGUUCUCACUGAAUUAAUUCUGCUUUUGCUUAUUUUUUCUUUCAAGAGCAGUAUCUUCAAUCCAUUCCAUUACAUUGCGAGACACACAUUUGCCUCGGGAUUGGAAGAACAGCCCAAUCGCCGCUAAUACGGCAUGCCAAAUUCCAUUCAUACGAUUUGACGCACUGCCAAAUGUUCAAUAGACACUCGUUUUUAUCAAGUGUAAAACUGAAGCUUUUUCUCCAACCGAGGCAUUUGUGUGUCCGUUUCUGUGGUUCACAUUUAUGUAAAUAUACUCAAGUUUGAUCAUUCUGCGGAGGAAAAAAAAUCCGAUCGAGGAAACUGUGUACAGUCUGUGUGUAAAGGCUGUUUCCUGAAGUAUGGCUAUUUUAUAUUUUUAUAAUAAAGAUUGAAUGAAUAUGGUUUUGUGGUU